AUGGCGUUUCUGCUCGAGCGCUGGUUCGAUCAUCUGGAGGACUGCUUUGAUGAUGACAGCCCCGAAAUAAAGCAGUUCUAUCUCGCUUGUGCCAAAUUCCGCCAGAAAUAUGGUUACAAUCCCGACGAAGACUUUGCCACAGACGCACAGAAGAUGGAAUUCUGUGAAUCUGUCUUGCAAGUUCCUACUGAACUUAAGGAGAGAUGUUUCCAGGUUCUGAAGCACAAGACUAUCCUUGGAGUCAGUUCAGCGAGCACCAGCAUCCAAAACAACACCAUGAGUGCUUCGGAAUUUGCGAGCAGCACCGGCGAUAUGGAAGAGACAGAGUUCAAGACACCUUUCACAAUCAACGACAACGGUGCUGUCCAGGAUCACCCAAAGGAAGCACACUCCGAACACAAGCAAGAAGGCCAGGAAAGCCAGAAGAAGUCAAUCAACAGCGAUGAUGGUUCCAACGUCUCGCUUGAGAACAUGUCUACGCCAGUCUCAAACGGUGUGAGCCAAAUUCCUAGCUCCAACAGUCAGGAAGAUGUCAAGGAGCGCGGUUGGCUGGACAUGUCAAAAGGAAAGCAUACAAUCGAGGAGGAGCCUGCUUUCAAGGACCAGAGCGCUUGUGACGCCUGUCUCGACGUAGAAGAAUCCACUCCCAAGGACGAAAUGGGCGCCAACAACUUCCUUCCCAAGCGCCUGCAGCACUGGAAGGCCAUGCUCGCCGCAAAGAAGUGCUCGGUCUCUAACAAAGAAGACGACAAAGACCCGGCCUCUAACAUUCUCGACUUCAACGCCAGCAUGCUGGAUCGCGAAGACUACGAUCAGAUGCUCCGCUCAGUCGCCUCGAACAAGCAGUCAGACGAGAACGCCUCCAAUUCCAACCUCGAACAAGUCUCCUCAUCCGAGCAAUACACAGCAACUAACGCCCUUCUCUAUGGCCUCACCGUGCUCAAAGCCGCUUCACCAAUUCAACAAAAUGAGAUGGUGACUUCGCUCCUGCACCCCAAGGUCCGCAGAAUGCAGCCUAGUCUGGNNUUCGAGAUGAAUGCUCUGCUGCUUGAGCUAGACACGCAGAAGUUGUUGAAAAUGAGUGUGGAUGAGGAUGCUUUGCAUACCAGAGCUAAGAAGGUGGCCAGGGAUUGGGGUGUCGAGUUGUCUUCGCUUGAAGAUGGUCCUAGUGGACUUGCUUGGUAG